AUGUCGGCACAGCCUUCGGACGCAGAGUUCGAGACGUCAAGAAUCUUCGUCAAGGGCAUCCCCCCGACGAUCAGCGAUGCCGACUUCAAGAAGCACUUCUCGGCUGGCGGACGAGAAGUCACCGAUGUCAAGGUCAUCUUGCCUCGGCGAAUUGGCUAUGUCGGCUUCAAGACAUCGGAGGAUGCGAAGAAGGCCGUGAGGUACUUCAACAAGUCGUACAUUCGGAUGUCGAGGAUCGAAGUGCAGCUUGCAAGACCUAUUGCAGACCCUGCUCUGAAGAGGAACUGGCAGAGCGACCAAUCGACUCCUGCAGCAUCGUCGACAGCGCUCCCGCCGGCUAAUGCGGUUCGGGAUGCCAACGGCGAUGCAGCGGCCAAGAAACGGAAGAGGGACGAGGUUGAUGAAUCUGAUCCCAAGUUGCGGGAGUACUUGCAGACUUUCCAGCCAGGAAAGACCAAUGCCGCGGAUGAGAUGACCGAAGUCAUCGACAGCAAGGCGAUCGCUGAGAAGAAGAAGCUUCUUCAAGAUGGCGAGAGCGAUGAUGAAUAUGAGACCAUCCCAACGAGGCCAGAAAAGAAGCAGAUGAGGGAAGCGCCAAGCAACCAGCAGCCUGAGCCGCCUCAACAACCCCCACACAUGACACCUGUUGAAGACACCGAAGACACUGUUGCAUCACCACAGGAAGCCGAGCCUGUUCCGAAGACACAGGUCGACUCUUCCAAGGCAGUGGACCCCGUAGCUACAGACGAUGACUGGCUGCGUUCGCGAACCAACAGAAUGUUGGACCUCGUGGCGGACGAUGAAGAGAUUCCGCUGCCGCCCCCUGUCCAAAAGGAGACCCGUGACGAGUGUGCGGACGAAGUCAUGACGGACGUUGCGGCGGUAGAGGAUGUUGGUCAGAAGCCACUUGCUGAGCCAUCUCAAAGUCAAGACAGUGAGGCACCCGCCGAGGAGUUGCCGAAGGCUGCGCCGGUACAGUCUGACAAGGAGGUGGCCAUCAACACCAUUCGCCAGACCGCGCGAUUGUUUGCGCGAAACCUGGCUUUCAGUGUCAGCGAGGACGAUCUCCGUGAUCACUUUGAACAGUACGGAGAAGUCGAGGAGGUACACAUCCCGGUGGCAAAGUCUGGGACGAGCAAGGGAUUUGCAUACGUCUCGUUUGCCAGUGCUGAUGCCGCUGUCACUGCAUUCCAGUCGUCAGAUGGGCAGACUUUUCAAGGGCGACUGCUCCAUGUUUUACCCGCAGCUGCGCGGCGGGACCAGGAUCUGGACGAAUACUCGCUGUCCAAACUGCCCCUAAAGGUUCAGCAGCGGGUCCGUAAGAAGGCCGAAGCCUCCACCAACACCUUCAACUGGAAUGCGUUGUAUAUGAGCCAGGACGCCAUCAACACCUCGGUGGCGAGCCGUCUCGGAGUCUCCAAGUCGGACCUUCUGGACCCUACCGACGCGUCCGCGGCUGUGAAACAGGCAGUGGCCGAGACGUCGGUGAUCCAAGAAACCAAGGCGUACUUCCUGGCCAAUGGUGUUGACCUGAACGCCCUCAAGUCGCAAAAGCGUGGUGACUCGACCAUCCUAGUGAAAAACUUUCCCCACGGGACCACUUUGGAGGAGUUGCGGACGCUAUUCGCGGAGCACGGAACUGUGCUCCGGGUACUUAUGCCACCGAGCAAGACGAUCGCCAUUGUCCAGUACGCCCCUGGACAGGGCAAGGCAGCCUUCGGAAGGCUCGCCUACCGUAGGAUCAAAGACUCAGUCUUGUUUCUCGAGAAAGGGCCGAAAGAUCUGUUUGGACCAGAUGAUGCUGUGCAGAUGACGCCGGAGCAGGGUGAUCAGCCUACCGGCGUGCAGAAGCUCAAUGUGACACAGCUGCUGGAGCGUGAUGAGCAAGGGGAAGAGGUUGUUGGACAGUCACUUUUCGUCCGGAACCUUAACUUCUCGACAACGUCGGAGGGCCUCACCAAUGUAUUCAAGUCCUUGGAGGGCUUUGUGUCAGCCAAGGUCAAGACAAAGACAGACCCGAAAAAACCUGGUCAGGUUCUAUCAAUGGGUUUCGGCUUUGUUGCCUUCCGCAGCAGCGAAGCAGCGCAGGCUGCAAUCAAGGCGAUGGACGGCCAGGUCUUGGAUGCACACACACUCAGCGUUAGGGCAUCGCACAGGGGUCAAGACGCGGCGGAAGAGAGGCGAAGGGAAGACAAGGCCAAGAAGAUGGCGGGCCAGCGGACCAAGAUCGUGGUCAAGAACUUGCCGUUCGAAAUUAGCAAGAAGGAGUUGCGGGCGCUGUUCGCCACGUACGGGACAUUACGGGCAGUACGGCUUCCCAAGAAAAUGGGUCAGUCGACUCGCGGCUUUGCAUUUGCCGAGUUCUCGACGCCAAAGGAGGCGCAGAAUGCAAUCGAUGCGCUACAGCACACCCACCUGUUGGGCAGGAGAUUGGUGCUCGAUUACGCUGAAGCCGAAGCCCUGGACGCCGAGGAGGAAAUUGCCAAGAUGCAGAGGAAGGUUGGUGGGCAGGUCAACAAGGUCGCAUUGGCGCAACUCACGGGCAAGACGAGGAAGAAGAUCACGAUCGGGGAGGACAAUGAGGACGAGUUCGCAGUCUAA